AUGACAAAACGAGAUGGCCUAUAUGUCUCACAAAAGGCCUCGGUAAUAUUAGUAGUUGAACCAUUUAAGAGCAAGUCUAGCAGCUCUGGACUCGGGCUGCGGGGGCGGGGGGGUUUGGGAGAAAAAGGCGUUUCUAGCAACAAAAGGCAACCCUGGCAGGAGCUGGGGGCCACCAGACUGGGCUGGCCCGAGGUGGAGUUUGGCCCGAGCGCUAGCCCGAGGGCUGGUGAUGUCAUCGCUGGCGUCAACCUCGCGCUACAGUAG